AUGUCAGAUUCGGGACCACUGAGGCCGUGGGAGGUCAACCCAACAUCUUCAACAUCGGGCCGAAGUGCAACACCCUUGGGACCCAGCCUCCCAGGGGAUGGGCAGCGCAAACCGUGGGAUACCACACCAAGCAGCGCUGAAGCUCCAGCAAGUGGCUCAUCUACAAAUGCGUCUGUGCUUCCUGCUUCCUCACAACCUACCUCAAGCGCACUAGCUGGCCCUGUGUCUUAUGGUGCAUCUUCGAACAACAAUGGAUACAUGUCGUACAGCAACAAUGCUUAUGGAAGCUAUGGCAACAGAUUUUAUGGUGGUGCAUAUGGCUCCUAUGGCACAGGAUAUGGAGGCUAUGGGGGAGCCUACGGAGGCUACGGUGGCUAUCAAAGGGGAUACGGCAGCACGUAUGGUGGGUUUGGUGGGGGUUAUGCUGGGUAUGGCUCUCCAUACCAACCAUCACUAGGAUUUGGUAUUGGCCCCUACGGUGCCUCAGGGCCGAUGCAGCCCGGGCCACCAGUUGCCCCAGGGGAAGGCCACACGCACAGCUGGCAGGUCUUCCUUCAGGGCUUGCACAGGGUUGUGGAGUUCUUUGGUCGUGUGUCGUUUCUGGUAGACGAGAACGCGCAGGCACUGCACUUUUUCAUAUCCGCACUUCUGCAGCUGCUGGACAGGGCUGGGUCUCUUUAUGGCGAGCUGGCAAGGUACAUCCUGAGGCUGUUGGGAUGGAAGGGUGGAAGGAAGGGUGCAAGGAAGGGUGCCUCGGACCAAGGGGCGAAUGGCAAUCCUGGGCCAAACGUCCAAGGGCAGGAGGUUCCUACUAUCAGACAGAUAGCGGCAGGCCCCUCCGGAACCCAGGCACCUGGCACCAGUGCAGGGGCCACAUUCAACUCAGUUUGGGGACAGAAGAUUUAG